AUCACGUUCAAGAUCAAUGGCAAGACUGAAACAGUUGUGAACCCGGAUCCCGCCAUGUCGCUCAACGAGUACUUGCGCACCGUCAAGCUCCUCAAGGGGACCAAGCGAUCUUGUGGUGAGGGCGGCUGCGGCUGCUGUGUCGUGUCCAUCACCUCACCUGGUGAUAGCGUGCCCAAACCGGUCAACUCGUGCCUGCACCCCCUCUGUGCCAUGGAUGGCGCCGAAGUUACAACCGUGGAAGGUAUUGGUUCCUCCCGAACCACGCUGCACCCAGUUCAAAAGUCCCUCGCCGAGCAUUGGGGCAGCCAAUGUGGUGGUUGCUCCACCGGCAUGGUCAUGAGCAUGUACACUCUUUUGCAAUCCGAGCCCGCGGCCACCGCUCAGGAGAUGGAAAUGGCUCUCGACGGCAACAUCUGUCGCUGCACCGGCUACCGUCCUAUUCUGGAUGCUUUCAAGGCGGCUGCCAAG